CUCGGCGGCGUCCCCAUGGCCGCGGCCGGCUGGCGGGACGGCUCCGGCCAGGAGAAGUACCGGCUCGUGGUGGUCGGCGGAGGCGGCGUGGGCAAGUCGGCGCUCACCAUCCAGUUCAUCCAGUCAUAUUUCGUCACGGAUUAUGAUCCGACCAUUGAAGAUUCCUACACAAAGCAGUGUGUGAUAGACGACAGAGCUGCCCGGUUAGAUAUUUUGGAUACAGCAGGACAAGAGGAGUUUGGAGCCAUGAGAGAACAGUAUAUGAGGACCGGUGAGGGUUUCCUGUUGGUCUUUUCAGUCACAGAUAGAGGCAGUUUUGAAGAAAUCUAUAAAUUUCAGAGACAGAUUCUCAGAGUAAAGGAUCGUGAUGAGUUUCCAAUGAUUUUAAUUGGUAAUAAAGCAGAUCUGGAUCAUCAAAGACAGGUCACACAGGAAGAAGGACAGCAGUUAGCGAGGCAGCUUAAGGUAACAUACAUGGAAGCCUCAGCAAAGAUCAGAAUGAAUGUAGAUCAAGCUUUCCAUGAACUUGUUCGGGUUAUAAGGAAAUUUCAAGAGCAAGAAUGUCCUCCUUCACCGGAACCAACUCGGAAAGAAAAAGACAAGAAAGGCUGCCAUUGUGUCAUUUUCUAAGAGUCCCUUGAGUUUUAGCUACCGACUGCCAGGAAAAGCCCUCAUGUUCUUUCCUUAGAGUUUACAUCGUGCUAAUACCUUUCUAGCCUCAGACGAGUGAUCACCGUGUUAGCCUUAGACCAAGAAGCUGGCUAAUCCUUUCUGUGGAGCUCAUACAAUGGUCAUUUCCAGACAAAUUUAAAGGAAACACUAAGGCUGCUUCAAAGAUGAUCUGAUUCCUUUAAAAUAUAUGUCUACAGACGUUCUUUUUUUAAGGGCUUAGAUUUUAAUAGAUGGAUCAGUUUGGGAACCUGAGCUGUUUUUCCAAGCUGAAGUCAUAGGUUGUGAAAUAAUUUUUAACUUCUGGAAUCAUGAUGCCUACUGUUACUCUAAAUAGAAACAUAGAGAGUUUUUUUUUAAUGUGAAUUUUUGCCUAUCUUUAAAAAUUUUGAUGUCAACUUUCGUUAACCUUAAAUACACUGAAUUGAAUCUACAAAAGUGAGACAUCUCAGACCUUUACUGAUGCUACAGCCUUUGUUUUCCAGUGGCCAAAAUACCCAAAUGCCUCUUGUAUUUAUGGAUUAAAAACUGCUUAGAAAGUCUUUGUUACUACUCUUACUCUUGAAGAUAAAUAUUACUCUGUGUGGACAAAUAUUGGGACUCAUUCUGGACCCAAGCAUUUCAAUGUUCUUGGUUUUUUAAUUUAACUCUUCAGAGCCUUGCUAAGGGUAAAAAUGAGUAAUUUCUGUCUGUCUUCCUUUUCAAGUAUUUCUGGUUAAGGGAUUCAAAAAAACUAAAACUGUUUUUGUUUGAUGUAAUAUAAAAUAUGGAAUUGAUCUUUCCAGGGUCAGAGAUGAUUAAUGUUUUUGCUAUAUACUUUUAUACAUUAUUUUCUUAUCAAACUAGUUAACAAGUAUUUUUAUAUGUUUGUAAGCAAAUAUGCUUUCACAGCAUACCUUGUGUAUAUGUAAAGAUAAGUAUUUAAUUCUCACUGUUCACUUUCACAAAGGAAAAAAAAGUGGAAAUUCCAGACACUGUGGUAGCGCUUCUACUUGCUGGUCUGGUCCUGGUUGUAGCCACGUUUGGCCAGUCAGACACCCACUCAAGAAACCUUCCUGAUACAGUGCAACAGGACGAGACUCUGAAAUCACUUUCAAUAUCCCCUACCAGAUAUUGACUGUUAUCUCAAGUAUUAAGUGUAAAACUUUUAAUUGAAGACUAGUAUAACUGUGGAUGGUUUCUGAUUUUGUUCUUGAUUUUGUGGAUUGUGUUUAAACAAUUCAAAAGUAUGUUCCUGACUUUGAGAUACUAAGUGGUAUUGCACAGUUGUCACUUUAUUGAAUGUGUACAACAGUCCCAUGAAGUUUAUAAAGCGUACCCUUGUAUAGCUUCAGGUGCUAGAAUUAAAAUUGAUCUGUUAUCAUAA